AUGCCGAUGGAGCUCAACUCCGGCAAAAAGCUCUCCCAGCUCAAGCCUCGUUUAUCUCAUUGUGAAGUGCCUGGAGUUGUGCUACAUAAUGGUUUGGAAAUACAAAUAAAGCAUGAUAAGUUCAGGCUUUCACAGGAAAUAGAGACUGCUUUUAACACUGCAUAUGAAGUGCUUCUGGAAAGAAGGAAGGAGAUGCUUGAAGAAGUUAAUGCUAACGAGUCUUUUAUCAUAACUAAGGAACUUCUGAAGAAAAUAGAGAAGAAGAAAAGGGACUUGGAAAACAUUAUGCAGACUGGGAAACAAGUUAGACAGUUUCCGGUACUCCUUAACUGUUUAGAUUUGGAUAAGAUCAUAAACAUGAUACAUUCCUCUGUUGAUCAAGAAGUUUAUGACUUGACUUGUCUGGAAUCUGCAUCUGGCUUAUGUUGCAGCAUUGAGAGUGAUGACCUACGUCGCAGCUUAAAAACUUAUCUGAAGAUAAUAGCUGGUGGUCCCAAUGUAAUCUCAUCAGAGAACCCUGUAUACAAGAAAAUGGGCCAGCUUAGAAGCAUUCUUAAAAAUUGCUGUAACAGUCAAAACUGGAUACAGAGUGAUGACUUGAAAAUGGAAGAUAUUUAUGUCACCAUGAAUUGUAAGCAAAAUUCCACAACUGAUAUUUCGGGGGAGUUGAAAUCUAACCCUGAAGCCGUGAUUUCUGAAGAUAUAGAUGAAGAGCAGUAUAUUUCCCCUGUAUUCAGAUGCAGACGAAAAAUGAAACCAUUCAAUAAAAUGAAUCUCUCUUCUUCUCACUCUUCCAAAAAAGUUUCCCAGGAGUGGGUGGUUAUUAUCCAUGUUGUCGACCCAAAUCACUUUUAUGUAAAGAAGGUCUCAGAAAGUAAAUUGUCUGCAUCGCUAGCCAUGAAGGUACAUUGCUUUUGUUGUGGUGACAACUGCAAUCUCAACCCUGAAGAUAUCUUAGAAAUGGGUAACAUGGUAUUUGUGAAACAUGAUGAAAGGUCAUGGUGUAGAGGGACUAUUACAGCAAUUGAUGAUGGAAUUAAAGACCCUCACCUUGUAGAAAUGUGUGUUGUCUCAAAGAUUACACGGAUUUCUGUUUUUUUGAUUGACUCUGGGUGCAUAAGAAUCUAUACUACUGUCAUAAGUCCCAGUGUUACACCAACUCAGGCUGGUGUACAAACAACAUUGAUAAAAAGCCUAAUCCAAUAUAUCAAAAAGCCUGAUGCUGUGAUACAGCAAGAAUUAAAGACUCCACCCCUGGCUCUGAAAUGUUCGCUGAAAAACAUUGUACCAGCAGAUGUGAAUAAAGGUUGGGCUCCUGAAGCACGAGUAGAAUUUUUGAAGGCUGUAGGAACCAAAGCAGUGAAGAUGAAAGUGUUUGGAAUGGACAGAGAUAUUUUACUUGUCGAUUUAAGGUCAUCUUACCUAGAUAAAAGAAGAAAUGGCUUACCAGUUUCUGUCAGAGAAUUCUUAGUAUUCCUAGGACUUGCAAGGUUCAGCUCUCCAAAUUGUGGGUCAACUUUCAAUACUGUUUACAGCAAAAGUAUCUCAUCUUAUACAGCUGCUUUGUUUCCAGAACAUGGUGUUAAGUUUAAUGCUGUUGUGUCGUAUGUUUUUACACCCUCAGAUUUUCAUAUUCAACUGAUAAAUUGGGCUGAAAAUGCAGAAUUUCUGAAUCUCUCCUCAAAACUGCAAGACUACUACAGUAAGACAGAAGAUAAUUUAAAAAUAUGUUACCCAUAUCUUCAUCAGGCUUGUGCAGCUUUCUUUGAGGAUAUCUGGUACCGAGCAAAAGUAACGGGCACUUUUGAAGAUGGAACUGCUGAGGUGAAAUUUGUUGAUUUUGGAAGAACAUCAAUAUUAUCAGUGAAUGAAUUGCUAAUAUUAAAGAAUGAAUUUCUAGAGUUGCCUGAAAUGGCAAUUCACUGUAGUCUUGCCCAUAUCAAACCUUUAAAAAAUUGUGAAUGGAGCAAAGAAAGUAUCGAGCAAUUUCAAGAAUUGACAAAGAAAUCUACAUUGCUAGGAGUGACAACAGGUAUUUCUUCAAACAAUAUUCUCCUCACAAAACUAUAUAGUGUGUCAGAUCAUGAACAUCAACUGGUUGACAUUGGAGAAGUUCUGGUAAAGGAAAAUUUGGCUGCUUUUAUCAAUAACAGAGAUAUUUAUCUUCCAUCAUUUGAAGUUUGGGAUUUACCUGUUGAAAGUGAGAUUUCUCCAGUUCUUAUCUCUGAGACUGCAGAUUUUGGAGAGCAAGAAGAAGGAGAAGAUAUUUCUUUUGUGGGUCUGAAUAUUUCUUUAAGCUACUUUAGUGAUUUUCAGAAGGAGCACGAUGUAAGAGUGACACAUGUAAACUCACCUGGAAGUAUUUUUGUCCAUUUCCUUGCUGCAGACAGUGUACUUAAAAGAUUACAAGACAAGAUGGAGAAAGAGUAUUCGUCAUCAAUACCUGAGAAAAUUAAAUGGAAGGAAAAUAUGAAUUGUGCUGUGCUUUUAAAUGGGUUUUGGCAAAGGGGACUGAUCCUCAGUGUUGUAACAGAAAAAUCUGUUGAGGUACUAUGUAUUGAUUUUGGCUAUAAAACAGUAUCAGAUAUUAGUAUGGUACGAAAGUUAAAAGAGGAAUAUAUCUCUGAAGGUAUGGUACUGGAAUGCUCAAUAAGUGGCAUAAGACCGGCUGGUGGUAAUAAUUUUUGGACUGCUACUGCAUGUGAAAAUAUAAAAUACUAUUUAACUGGAGUUUUGGCUACCAUGAUAAUAAAGGAAAAUUCUUCAGAGAGACCUCUGCCAGUUUUAUUGUAUUGUCUGAAUACAACUGAGGCACACAUCAGUAUUGCAGAUUACCUAAUCGGUGUAGGAUUAGCUGUAAGGGAAAGAAAAGAAGCUCCUGAAAUCAUUAAUCAUUUGGUUGAUAAGCCUGCUAUGACUGAAGAGAUAUGUACAAAGGCAAUAUUCCUUCCUGAGUGUGGUGAAGAAUUGUACCACAAUAUUAUUACAGAUAGUGUUAAGUUAAAUCCUUAUAAACCCCCUGUUCUUCCUGAAAAUAUGUGUCAGAUGCUGAUUACGUGGAUUGGUGAAGAUGGAAUUAUUUAUGGAAUGACCAGAAGUGCUGAACAGGAAUUCCUUAAGAUUCAACAAAAAAGCAAGGAACAAAUUAAAAAUCUUGAACAUCAUCAACCCUAUUGCUGGAAGAAAGGAGAAGGCUGCACUGUAAGAGGCAGUGACAUGUUCUGGUAUCGUGGAAAAGUUCUAGAGGUUGUUGGUGAAUGUAUACAGGUACAGCACAUAGACCAAGGACUCAUAGAAAAGGUUCCAGCAUGCCAUAUUUUUUCUACAGUUCUUUUUGAAGAUGUGCCACAGCUUUGUAUUCCAUGUCAGCUUUAUGGGGUCAAACCAAUUGGAAAUACUUGGCACACUGAUGCAAUUGAACUAUUAACUGAAUUGCUUCGGAACAGAUAUGUUGAUGUGGAGAUAAUGGAGCAGCCAGUUGAUCCAAGGAAUGUAUUGCCCAUUGAAGUUCAUUUUUAUCCAAUGACUUUAACAAGAAUCCUGGAAUAUCAUCAGCAUGCAAUUAAAGAUGGCUCAGUUUUUAUUUCAAAAUUGGAUUGCCAUUCUGCCUUUGUGAACGAUGAAGUGCCAGACUGGGAUUUCAGUUUUAAGGGUUUAGAAGUUGAGCUCCCUCCUGUGCUUGCUUAUACUGAUCUUAUCCUGCCAAAGGCAGGAAAACUAUUUUCUGUGGUAGUACAUCACAUGGUGACCCCGAAUGAGGUGUACCUGUCUCCUAGUGAUGGGGUGCAUGAAGUAAGCAAUCUGGAAAAUGCAACUUUGCAAGAUGUUUUAGAUCAGAUUAAUGAAAAAACGGAUACUCUUCCAUUUGUUACUGAUUUUUGUCCAGGUGCUCCUUGUCUCGCUCAAUAUAGUGAUGGGAAAUACUACUUUAGAGCUGAGAUGAUAAAAGUUUUGAAUCUCAGCCCAGUAAAGGUUCUAGUUAAACAUGUUGACUAUGGUUCUUCUGCAAUCUUGAUCACCAGCAGACUUCGGCAAAUCCCAGCUGAGCUUAUGAAAUACCCACGUCAGGCAGUCAAGGUAAUAUUGGGAGGAUUUAAGCCUCUUCAAAAUGAUCUUGAAUCUGAAAGAAUUCUUUACAAGCCUGAAUGGAGUAUGAAAGCACUGUGGGCUAUGAUGGAUUUAUUGCAGAGUAAAACAUUGCAAGCUCAGAUUGUGUCACAGGAUGAAAAAGUUACAGUACACUUGUUUGAAAAUGGAAGUCUCAUUCAUGAAACGUUUGUCAAAAAUGGUUACGCAGAAUAUAUUUAGUGUUUGCAGACACCAGGAAUUUGAAAUCCAGAAGAAACUCCGAAAGUGUGUUAUUCGGCUAUGUCCUCAUAUCUUUUUGUUAAGAACAAGAUGUUGUUUUCUCAUUUAUGAGUCUUCAGUUAAAUUACUAGAGUUUGGUAAAAAUGUUUCUGUACUGAAAAGCAGAAUAUUGUUUAUGUUAUAAAUAAAAGUUACUUGAAUAACAGGAAUACUUAACAGUAUUGUUUGUUGUCGCCUGAGCAAAGAUCUCAUAAACAGCACGGGAUCAAGGCAGGAUUCAGCUCAUCUGUGAAACCUUCAGUUAAACUGGAAUAUUAAAGAUCACAAGUGCCGACAUUGCUGGCACAUCUUAUUCUGUGUUCUUUUUCACUCCGUCUUGUGUAAUGUUGAAGCUCGUGGAGCAUCUCUCAUUCUGUGUUCGGUAGCAUUCUUUCAGAUAUGCAAAUAUGGUGUCACUUUCUUUGAAAAUAACUGGGCAGAGACUUUAUGACCAACAUUUUUACACUUUCACUUGUUCU